UUCUGUGCUAGAGGCUAUCACCGAGGGUUGUAGGCAUCCAAAGGAGGGGCGCCUACACCCAGCUUGGACAGCAGGUGAGUCAAAGAGGACGUGCUUGUAGGAGGCUGAGGUGGAGGCAUCCAGGCUGCUGAGAAGAGAAGAACAUCAGAGGCAGAGGAAGCAGGAAGAAUACCACAUGGCCAGGGGAGCAGGCAUGGUGUGCUCCAGGGAAGGAAGGGACUAAGCAUGGAUGGAGACAAGGGAGGCAGAUCUGUAAAGGGACAAAGGAACCACAUCAGGGAGAGUCUUGAUGAAGAACUUAGAUUUUAUUCUGUAGGCACUGGAGAGCUCCUGCAGGAUUUCACACAGAGGAGAGACUGGGUCAGAGUUUCAUUGUAAAAAUAGACCCCUCUGGCAGUAAAGUAGAUAUUGGAGAGGAAUAAUAUAGCUGGCAGGAAGACCAGUUGGGACACCGUUGUACUUUAAAGAGUGGAACGAGCCUGGGGUGUGGAGGCAGAGAGACCUCCAUCUAUAUCACCUUUGUGUAACAGGCUAUUUAUUAAAUGUCUCUAAGCCUCUGUCUUCUCAUCUGAAAACAGGGACUCCCCAUUCCUCCCUCUUGAAUGGAUGGUGUUCAGUAUUAUGUAUGAUGAGAACUUGAGAAGCCAACUGAGGCCAACCAAGUUUCAGAACCUUUACUGCCUCACACCAGCGUCAGCAGGGAUGAACUGUUUUUGCCAGAUAAUCCUCUGUUCCUGACAGCACAUCUCUCCCCAGAAGAGAAGCGAGGGAGGUGCCACCUUGAUCCAGCUGAAGCAUUUCCAGGAAGCUUCUCUCUGGAUGCCACGUCGAGGCUGCCCUGCCGUAGCACAGAGCUGGUGAUUGCCGAGUGUGUGGACAUGGCUUUGCUCAGCAACAUCCUGGCGGCCUAUUCCUUUGUCUCAGAAAACCCCGAGCGCGCAGCUCUGUACUUUGUCUCCGGCGUGUGCAUCGGGCUGGUGCUCACUCUGGCCGCCUUGGUGAUGAGGAUCUCUUGCCACACAGACUGCCGGCAGCGUCCCCGGAAGAAGUUCCUGCAGGACCGAGACAGCAGCAGCGACAGCAGCGACAGCGACGACGGCAGCUCGGACACGGCGUCUGACAUCUCCGUCAGGAGACACCGCCGCUUCGAGAGGACUUUGAACAAGAACGUGUUCACCUCGGCCGAGGAGCUGGAGCGCGCCCAGCGACUGGAGGAGCGGGAACGCAUCAUCAGGGAGAUCUGGAUGAAUGGCCAGCCCGAGGUGCCCGGGACCAGGAGCCUGAACCGCUACUACUAGGAGCGGGAACGGAUGCCCGCGUCUCUGGAAGCCGCUGCGGAGGACCAGGGUCCGCCGGCAGGGUGGGCACAGGGCUGAAUGCAGUUCUGCUUAAGCCCUGGGGGCAGAGAUAAGCAGGACACGCCCAUUUCCCAGACAGGAGGACUCAUCUUUCCUUUUCGAUUAAAUUCAUGGAGAAGUAGAAAACCCAAGUCAGUUCAUCAACCUUUCCAGGUCUUGGAACGGUGCUGAAAACCCUCUCCAACAAUGUGGGUGGAGAUUAGAGAAACGGGACUGUGGUUUCUCUUGAUUUCUGAGGAUCUCAGAAGUUUCUGCAGACUUCAUUGCUUUGUGUUAUUCCUUUACAAAAGGAAGAUUUUCAUGGCAUGAAGGCUAGGAAUAGCAGGGUGAACUUAACCCAGUAAAUGCAAUUUUCUAAACGACCCCAUGCUAUGGAGGUGAUUCUCAUCCAGAUAGCAUGAUUUAUGCUUAUUAUUUAAGGCUGAUUUUUAAAAAUCUCGUGUUGCAAUGGCAACCUUGUCCAUUUUAACUGGCACCUCAGGGAUUAAAAUCCUAUUUUUUAGUAUAGCUCCCACCUCAUUCAUGAAGAUGGAUAGAAUUAAUGUAUUAUGGGAGAUGUGUCAGUGAACUAGAAAAUAUCAAUAACCUCAAAGGAUGAAGGGUUUUAUUUUAAAUAGUUUAUAAAAUAUAUAUUAACAUGCAUAUUUGAAGAUGCUGCAUAAGAAUAAAAGAUGUGUCUCCCCCUGCCUCCCGCCCCUUUGGAGGACAGAAAUUUUGUUAUAAAUCUAGAUACUCAUGAUUUGAAACAUUUUGUUAAAAAAACAAGUUUGAAUUUCCAAGAAAAGAAUGGGAAUGGGAGAUGAGGAAUAAAGCCAAAAUUAGGAUGAGAUAAAAAAAAAUAAUAAAUACUACAUAAAAUCUU